UCCUUCUCCUCCUCCUCGCCACAAACAGCGCCGGCUGCCAAAGCCGCCUGUCGCUGGGGCUGCGUCUGACUUCUGCUGCUGCUGCUGCUGCUGCUUCUUCGCCGGCGCUCUUGCUCCGGAGGCAGGCGCUGCAACAUGAGCGCCGCCGGGAAAAGGCUGCCUUCUCCCGUCUCGGCUCAGCCUCGGCUCGCCUCCGCCGGGCACUCGGUGGAUUAAAGUGCUCCCUGGCUGCUGCUGCUGCUGCUAUUGCUACUACUACUCCUACUCGUACUCCUGCCGCUGCUGCUGCUGCUGCUACCAACUCUGGACCAAGGGUGGGUUCCCCUUCUCUUUCUCUUGCGGUGGCAGAUGAGGACAUUCAAAGGAACCAACCCAACAAGCUUCGGGGAAGGAGUUUUGGGGAGACCAGGUUUUGUUAUUGGCUGGGCCUAGCCAAGCACAACAGGGUCCUGAUGGGUGACUCGACCUCAAGGCGGUCAAUCAUUGUCUCUCGUUUGCCAAUAUUCCGGAGAAGUAUUAACCGAAGACAUGAUUCCCUUCCAUCCUCACCAACUUCCAACAGUACCGUUGGCGUUCACAGUUCCUCUCCCUCCAGCACCAACUCUAGCUCAGGUAGCACAGGCAAGCGCAGAAGCCUCUUCCGGACACCGUCCAUUAGCUUCCAUCACAGAAAGGGGAGCGAUCAGAAGACAGAGUCUUCAAGCCAGAACGUGGGCGUUUUGAACGGUGCCCAGUCAGGCCACAACACUUUGCAAAAGCUUGGUUUGGAGGAAAAUGCGAAGAAUAGAAGCAGGCAUUCCGUCGGUUUCGGAAGUUCUCGAAAUAAAAAGAUCACGAGGUCCUUGACUGAGAACUUUGAAAAGGGGAGGGAGCCCUCGACCAACAAGAACGUUUUCAUAAAUUGCAUAAGUUCUGGAAAGAACGAAGGCGAUGACUCUGGCUUUACCGAGGCCCAGAGCAAGUCUUCUGUUAAACAUGCCUCAAGGAAGCUUCUCCCUAAGUCGUUCUCGACACACUACAGAUUCUCAAAGCCGGUCCCUCAGAGCCAGUCGGUUUCCUGCGUUCAACCCUCCUCUUGUUCACUGGAGAUUAAAUCCAACGUUGAAACCGAUCCCGUGUCUGCAAAGUCUUCCCCUUCGGAAUGUAUAGGCAGCUCUCUGGUUUCCGCCGAUCUGACAACGGUGCAGACACCAUCCGAGUUUUUAGCGUUGACUGAGGAUUCUGUUUCGGAGGUUGAUGGGCUGCCUGCCUGUGGAAACUCGCACCCAGAAACCUUGGCCCACAAUGUGUCUACCUCUCAAACCUUUGCUGCUUCUCCUCUUUCAAGGAAAACAACACUUACCGAGAGUGUUUCCCCUUCUGCGGAAAGUUACAGGGCUAGAAAUGUAUUGCUCACUGAAGCCAGCACUUUCUCGGAAAUCCUCGAUUCAAAUCGAAAGCAUACAAGAGUGUUAUUGCCAGAGCUGUUUGCUAAACAGACCAGCCAUUCGGAAGAUGUAAACUCAGGAGCUAAAGCACAACUGAAAACCUUUGUCUUAAACCAGGGAGAAGUGGUUGAAAGUUCUCCAAAAGCACAGAGAUUACAGAGGGACCAACAAAAAGCAAGAGUAUCAGAACAUGUCAGGGAAGUCUUUCCAGGCACAGAAUCUAAGACCGCUCCUUUGUCUUCUGAACCUCAGUCUUUUCAAACACAGCAGACAAAUGACAUAAACCAUGCCAAGGUGAAUCUUCCCAAUAGUUUUAGUCCAUUUCGAGAAGGAAGAUUCAUAGAAAAGCGUUUAAGGUCCUCCUCGGAAGGCACUGCUGGGAACAGUCGGAUGAUCCUAAAACCAAAGGAUGGAAACCCAGAAGACAUAAAUUGUUUAAGAAAACAGAGAACAAGUUCCUCAUCAUCUAAAAUGAAUAGCUUGGAUGUAUUGAAUAACUUGGGAUCCUGUGACCUGGAUGAAGAUGACUUGAUGCUUGAUUUGGAAUUCCUGGAAGAUCCGCAGCAUCGACAGUCUGUUUGCCGGGAAGAUUCUCAUCAAUCAAUCAUCUCCUGUGCUGCCACGCUACUUACUCCUGUUGAAUCAGCUGAAAACAAGAAAAAGGAAUUUCCCCAAAUGCCUGAAGUGACUAAACAGAACCUUUCUCUUAAGUUAUCCAAGGAAGUGGAUCGAGGGGAAGCACGGUGUCCUCGCGUGAACCAGCUGGCCAACAGCCCAUCUAUAGAAUGGCCUUUUGCAGCCGUGGAGGAAGGUGGCGGCCUAGAAUCUUUGCCCUUCCGUCUGAUGAUGCAAGACUGCACAGCGGUAAAAACAUUGCUGUUGAAAAUGAAGAGGGUUCUCCAAGAGAGCACAGAUAUGAGUCCUGCCACCAGUACCCACUCACUUCCUGUUAGCCCACUUACUGAGGAUCCGUUGCCAUUCAAGGAUAUAAUGAAAGAUGAAUGCUUGACUCUGAAACUGCAAUUAAAAGAGAAAGAGGAACUCGUUUCCCAACUUCGUGAAGAGCUGGAAAAAGCUCGGCAUUUACAGAGUGUGCUUGUCUCUCAAGUAGAUAAAUCCACACAGACUGAAGUUGUAGGCCACGAUGCUACCUACCUAAACAAAAUGGUGAGCCAAACUCUCAACAUAAAGGACAAAAGAUCAGUACGUACAGCCACAGAGGACCAUUUUAGAUAUUCACCAGGCAGCCAAGCCACGUCCUGUGAAAACAAAAACUGCCAAUUGUCAAGUGUCUGUCUCGGCAACCUCCUGAAGGAAAAAGAAAUAGUGGAAGUUAUCAAGCAUACAAGAGACUCUUAUGAAGCCCUCCCUUCUGAGGUGAACCACAAUGGCUUAAUGGGAGUCAUGGAAAACGUGUCAAAAUCAACAGCCAAGGCUGAUAACGGCGCCAUUUUUCCGGGCCCUCCAAAAGAUCAACCUUCCCUCAGUCGACAACCGUCUACCUUCAUAGGAAGGCUUGGACAACCCCCAAGAGGGCCAAUCUCUUUGCACAUGUACAGCAGGAAAAACGUGUUCCUUCAUCACAAUCUUCACACCUCUGAACUUCAGACUUUAGGCCAGCAAGAUGGAAUUCUCCAGACUGUACAUUCCAAAUUUUUGUGAAGUUGAUGAUAUAACUGCCUUGGCUUCCUAUUGAAUGGAUGAGACACAUUGACUGAACAUCCAGAAGAGGUCCAACAGUCUAUUUUUUUCCUUUUGCCGUCCAUCAUUUGAUUGCCUACAAUUUCUGAAAAAUAUCUCAAAUAGCACUUCUGUUCUUUUAAUAAUGUUAAUGUAGAUGUAAAUGUGAGGAAUGAAUAGAAUUAGUAACCACUCCUAAAUUGGGGUAAGAAGAUGAUUGUAGGCUUUGGGAU